AGAGAGGGGAAGAGGAACCAGUAAUCCGUAGCCAAAACCAAGAAAAAGUAAAAGAGACGGAUUUCAGUGGUUGGGGAAAACGAAAAGGGAGCGGCCGUACAGUCAGACAAACAAACAAACAGUGAAAAUGAAUGAGAGAGAGAAAGAGAACAAAAAUUUAGGCCAAAAUAUGGAGAAGGUGGGGAAGAAGAUUUCUUCAACAGCAACGAUUGAUUAGUGAGUCAGUCACUCCUCACACCAACUACAAGAAAUCAUCAAUACCAACAGAAUGGAAUCCGUCUCUUUUCCCUUUUCUUUAUUUCUUUGCCUUACCCCAAACAACAUCCACAGCAAUAACAACUCUUCCCACCACCAUCUCCACCACCACCAUCCACUUUCAUUAUUAUGCCAAUUAUUAUUCUUAUUCCCAUUCUUUCUCUCUCUCUUUCAUUAUUGUUCUUGCCUACCACCAUCUCUUCUUUUGCUGCCCAUUUCCCUUGAAGCAAGAGGAAUUUUUCUUCCUUUUUCGCUUUUUUUGAGUAAAUUAAACGGUAAUCUCCGGGGGGUAUUUUUUUCUUCCUUUUUCUUUUUUAAUUUAAAAAAAAAAUUCUAGCCCGGAUAUAGAUUAUCUGAAUCUGAGCUGAUUUUCGGAAGAUGUUAGGAGGAGGUGGAAAUAAUAGAAACACAAUGUUCCCUGGUUUUAUGGAGGAAAAUCGUGUUCCGUAUGAUAACAAUACAUUGCCUCAACUCCAGUUGUUUGGGCAUGUUCCAAUAGGUGCUGCUGUUGGCACUGUAAACUGUAUGGGUAACGGGCAGGCACCCACUGAUAGUCGCCCAAUCAACAGAGUUGGGGAAGGGGAUACUUUGUCUAUGCAGCAGAAGCUUCACAUAUCUUUGAAUAACAACUUUUGUCAGGAUGAAGCUGGCAAUAUUGGAACUGUUUUAAAUCCUAAUCCCGUUUCAACUGGGCUCAAGCUUUCUUGUGAGGAAGAAGAGCGAAAUUCCUCUGUUACUUCAGCCUGUGAGAAUAUGAAAAACAAUCUUCCUGCUGUGCUUUCCCUUGGUAACACUAUCAAAAUGGAGAUAGAUCGACAGACAGAAGAAUUUGGCCGAUACAUUAAACUUCAGGAGGAGAAUAUCUUGAAGGGCGUGAGAGAGAUAAAUCAACGGCACACCGUCUCUUUACUGAAUGCUUUGGAAAAAGGCAUCAACAGGAAAUUGCACGAGAAGGAGCUCGAAAUCGAGAGUAUGAACCGAAAGAACAAGGAGCUGGGAGAUCGGAUAAAGCAGGUUGCCAUGGAAGCCCAAUCGUGGCACUACAGAGCAAAGUACAAUGAAUCCGUUGUAAAUGUCCUCAAGAGCAAUAUUCAGCAGCUCUUGGCACAAGGCACGGCCCAAGCUCGUGAGGGUUCUGGAGACAGUGAGGUCGAUGAUGCAGUUUCUUGCUCGAAUCAUCAGAGAAUCAUUAGCGGCUCUGGAAAUCAAGGGCUCCAAAACCAUCCACCGAAAUGCAGAGUUUGCAAUGGUAAAGAAGUCUGUGUCUUAAUAUUGCCUUGCCGGCACUUGUGUCUGUGUAUCGAUUGUGAAGGUUUCAUCGACGUUUGCCCUGUGUGCCAGGUAAUGAAGACUGCAAGUGUUCAUGUAUACAUGUAAUGCAAGAACGUAUCGGAGCACUUGCAGUCGUCAUUACAGUUCUUCAAAUGAGGUUUGUACAAACUUCUUGUGAAGAAAUUCUUACAUCAAAUGGGGUUGAUUCAUAAGUGUAGUGUUUCUAUCUGUUUAUGUCGGUGGAUGUUCUUCUUGUACCUGUUGUUCUUGGGCAUGGAAUAUAAAAUCUGCAACUUGCCUAAGCCCUA